AUGACUACAAAUUGGCGUUCCUGCCCCUAUCCUUCAGUCACAGCUGCAGCAAUCACCGUCAUCUUCGCCGUCGGAGCCCUCAUCAACCGCCGCCGACGAUCAACUAGAGGAUCGUAUCAACUUGCACGUGCAUACUCUGCAUAUAUCAUUCGAGAAGACGACUAUGUUUUCUCCCUCGCCCGUGUGCAUGCUUUGCACGUGCUUUCUCAGGAAGAAAGGUGGGGCAUUAACUUCGAGCUCCGUGUUCAGUCCUAUAUCCUUCACAGCCGGCCUUAUCUUAUGACGGUACUUGGGAAGGUAUACUAUUCUCACAUUGUUGUGGGAGCUGCAUUCGUGGUUUAUUGCUUCACCGUGCUCCCCCCGGCCCUCUUUCAAAGCAUUCGCCGUACGAUCGCGAUUAACAACAUGAUCGCCUUCAUUAUGAUAACUUGCUGGCGUUGCAUGCCACCAAGACUACUUCCACCGGACGCAUGGACCCAAAACCGCUUCCAGCUGACUAUUGCCGCGAUGCCCAGUCUUCAUUUCGGCACCGCGCUGUUCAUCGGCACCUGCUUGUCUCGUUUCUCCCCACAUAGGUGGGUGAGGUGGUUUUCGCCCCUGUGGCCGCUGUUGAUGUUCGUUACUAUCAUUGCCACGGCAAAUCAUUUCGUCCUAGAUGCGAUAAUUGGCGCUACAGUUCCUGCCAUGGGGUGGAGAAUAAACGAGGCGAUGCUAUUGUUUAGGCCGCUGGAGAAAUGGGUAUUCUGGUUGCUUAGAACUGAAAGACCGACCUUAUCUCAGGGACCUUAG